UAGCUUCCCGAGGGCAAGGAUGACAUAAGGCAACGACUCUGGACAUGGUCUCACAUCAUGACACGUUCCCCUAACGGCACUUGGUUCCUUCGCCUCCAAUCGUGGCAUUCCUUCUACUUAUGGCUGGGCCCCACCAUUCUCAAGCCAGCAGUGCCGCGUUUCCGAAGAAAAGACCGGGCUAAAUCUUUCUUUCGAUCAUUCUUUCGCGACACCGAUAGUUUCCGCACAUCUCUCAAAGCACUCACUCGGAAUCUCUUCAUUCAUCCGCUUGCGUAGAUCUCGCAGCGACCAUUGUAUAAUCCGACGGUGGAAAGGUACACCGUGUACGUUUCUGAAUGCUAAGGAGAAGCUGAUGCACCGGGGAGAUAUAUAUGAAGGUUGAUGGUUUGUUCGAACUUGCGAGCGACGCAAGGGAAUGAAAACCGACAUGAUAUUAUUUUAAGAAGGAAAAAUCAAAGGAAGAAUUGGCUGGUAGAAUAAACGUUUAUACCAAGUCUGACUGGCCAUAUGCCGAUUCCCACUAUUCUGUUAGUAAUAUCCGUAUAAACCAAAUCAAGCAUUCCUUCCUCCACCUCCCGUUAUAUAUGCCCAUAUCUUCGGGGCCUGAUAGCCUUUGUAUUUCCCCUGGCGGCUGUACUUGUAAACAGUUCUGAAGAGAGCGAGCACGGCCAUGUCUAACAUCCCCACGUCUCUCUGCAACUCCUCUCUCACCCUUUUCCGCCUAGCCAUCUCCAGGUCUGAUCCUUGGCCCUUCUCCCUCUAAACCCGAGUUCCAUUUCCCAGCAUCACAGCUUCAAUCUUUCCUUGCUCUUCUUGCUUUUCGCUUUUUUUUUUUUUUUUUUUUUCUGUUCUUUUCUUUUCUGUCUCUCCUUGCGUCCAUGAGAGGUGAAGAUAAACACGGACAGCAUCAUCAUCAUCAGGAACAGCAUCACCAUCACCAUCACCGUUUGUUGAGCUUUCACUUCCACAUGCCGCACCUGGGCCACGGGCACGAGAAGGGGAUGGCGAUGAGGAAGGGGUGGAUGGGGAUUAGGGUGGGGCAGGAGGGGGAGGAGCAGCAGCGGUUCGUCGUGCCGGUGGACUACUUGAAGCACCCGCUCUUCGUCGGCCUGCUCGACCAGGCCGAGAAGGAGUACGGGUUCGAGCACGAGGGAGCCAUCACCAUCCCUUGCGGCGUCGACCACUUCCGCCACGUCCAGGGCAUCAUCGACCGCGACACCGCCGCCGCCGCCCACCACCACCACCAUCACCACCACCACCACCACCACCACCCCCACCACCACCACCUUCCUCACUUUGCCGGAUGCUUUAGGGCUUGAAGAAUUUAUUGCCUUCUCUUUUCUUUUCUUUUCUUUCCUUUUGAUUUGUUUCUUUUUUUGGGAGGUGAAAGAAGAUUGACGAUGACGAUAAUUUAUGUGUGGGCACAAAGUGAAGGAGCGAACCUUUGUGCUUUGUCGUCUUCCUUGUCUUAUAUUCUUCUUUUAUUUUAUGUCUUUUCAGAAAUAUAUAUAUAUAUAUAUAUACAUAUAUGCUGUUGGAACCUUUUUUUUCUCUCUUUUGCAUUACCUUAAUAUAGCUUUAUCAAUCUUCCCUUUA